CUGUAUUCACCCUGGAUGCCGGAUGCUGCGGCUCUCAGCUCUACACCACUCCUCCAUUUCUGAAUUGUUUACCUCCACAGUGGGGUGUUUUUUAAACCAGUCUUUAAUCUGAACAUACAGUACAUCUGUCUCUGGCUCCAUCACAUGACAUGACUGGACCACGAUUCUAACAUCUGACUUCAUUCAGUUUUUCUUAAGUUUGAUACUCCAGCUCACUACAAGGAUCCUUUUUGCUACAAUGUCAGUUUUAUUUUGAAAGCCUUGCAGGCUCUAAGCCUUCGCUUCCAUAUGAAGGUAAAACACCUUUUUGUUCAGUGACACCCAACCUUGGAAAACCCAGCUAAGUUUUUUAGCCUCAGAGACCAUUGUUUAGACUGCCCUUGAUAUGAGCUCCCGUUAAAGAGUAAGACCAAUUGGGCUGAACAUGAGGUGCUAUAUGGAGUGGAGGAGUGGAGACCAAGAGAAAAUGAAAGAUCUAUCCAAGGUCAUGGCUGAGGUCAAUGAGGCAGCUUCCCAAGCCAUGCUCAUGAGCUUUUCAUUCUGUCACUUAUUUGCAUGUGUCACACUUUUCAGCUCAAUACGAUCUCCUUUGCUAUUUGUAUCUUGUUUAGGGUAACUGUUCUCUAAUAAUCAAGGCUUGAACAUUUAAUCUUGAUCUGUUGAUUUUUGAUCUCUAGAUUUGUCCAAAUUGUACUGUUUACUGAUUGCCUGACUUUCUGAUUGCUCUUUUUUAUGCUUGUUUGAAUUCCGCUUUGAAACCGUUACAGUGUCUUAAAAAAUAAAAUGUCAACCUCCACUAAAAUCUGUCUCCGACUCCAAUGCAUGAUAAAGAACAAAUGUACUACAGUGUUAAAGUCAAAAGACAAAAAUUAUGAAUAAAUGUUUUUUUCAUUUGUUCCUCAGCUAUCUGUCCGUCAUGAAGCUGAACCUUUUCCUUCUCCUGGGUCUCACUGGACUGGUCUCAUCUGCUGUAUCUGUCCUGCGAACCAUCCCUCACCAUUAUGACCUGAUUAUGACAGCGGCGACAUGGCCUGUAGCACAGAAUUACUGCAGGGUGAUGUACAAUGAUCUGGCAACAGUUGUAAGUGAUACUGAUUGGCUAAGACUAAAGAAAGAAACAGCAAACAAAAAUCUGGCAACAUUUGCCUGGGUCGGAUUAUACAAUGAUGUCAAUAGCUGGCGCUGGUCCUUAAACGACCUCCCACUGAAGAAUGUCACUUAUACCUGCUGGUCCUAUGGAGAGCCUAAUAAUCUCGGUGGAAAUGAAGCAUGCGUUAUGAUAGGUAGCGCUAGUGCAUGGUGGGAUGCGCCAUGUACAGGACUAAGACCCUUUAUCUGCUAUAAUGCUAAUUUCAGUGGUGCUGCUCGGUUUAUUGGCAUCACUAUACAUCUGUCCUGGCAUCAAGCUCAGGCUUACUGUAGAGAACAUCACACAGAUUUGGCCAGCGCUCUUAACAGUUCAGACCAAAACAUGUUAUGGCAGGUGAGGUAUCCUCAGGGUGAUUCCUGGAUUGGGCUCUACAGAGACACAUGGAAGUGGUCAGAUGGAACCAUUGCUUCAAACCUACCAUGGGCUUCUGGAUACCCUAAUAAUUAUUAUAGCAAUUUGAACUGUGCAGUGGUUAAUAACGGACUGUUCUAUGAUACAACCUGCACCAAGCUGUAUUCUUUUUUCUGUCAUUCCAUUUACACUAUGUGGAGUCAGACAGUGAGACUGCAGGUGAAGUCUGAUGGCAGUGUGUUUGAUCCUGCUGUUCAGUCGUCCAUUUUAGAGCAGAUGAAGCAGAAACUGAAAGAACAUGGCAUGUUGGAGAACACCACAGUGACCUGGAGGGUGCAGCCAGAUGGAAACAUCUUCAAGAAGAAAAAAGAUGACCUGUAACAUCUAAAUGUUCACCUUCAAGUCCAGCAGAUUGUAAACUGACUGAAAUGUAUUUAACCUUCAAUAUUUAAGCUUUAAUCAGUAGGGGGCGGUAGAGAACAAGAUUAACUAGAAGUAGAAGAACAAACAUCUCAUUUUAUUGCUCUGUUUGUAACACAACCACUUUGACUUCAUCUUAAAUUUAAUUUAAUAUUAUUUUCAAUGUUUUGUCAAAUAAUUAUUAUUUAAUAUGUUCAGCUUUUGCUGCAAGCUGCCACUGGACACAGUGAUAAGGAGAAAGUCAAAGAGGGUCUGUUCAUAUACUGGGUUUAAUACAUCAGUGUGUCGUAGUAAAGAAUAAAUCCUAUAUAGAAGAGAGAGAAUGUAACAGAACCUGUAAAUACACAGUGUGUACUUAGAACAGUCAGAUACAAUGACCUUGACACUAUUACUGUCCUUUUAUUCUUCUCUCUAUUUAGAUAUAUAUAUUUCUGUACUUAUGGGCUA